AUGCGAGGUCGCAGUCUACUGAAGGAAUCCUCGAGUCCAUCCCUGUGCGCCUUUUGUGCUCACAGGUCGGGCCAAGCUCGAAAACCUUCACAUGCCCAAAGACGGUUCCUCCAAUCCUCCCGCCCUGUUAAGAAGCCGCCUGCGGAAGCUGCUGCUGUUAGAGAAGCGGAUAAUAAUACGGCUUCGGCCCCUAGUUGGGGCCGUCCAGCACCUGUGGGAGGUAAUGGGUUAGGUCCAACUGCCACUUGGGGUCGUCCCUUUGGCCCUGGAACUGCACCACUAGGAUCUUUCGGGGACUGGGGAAAACCAAAUACUGGUCCAAAUGGAACUCCUGCCGUAUCAGCACAGUCCGGCCAUCCACGGAUAGUUGACGAACUUUUGCCGCACGAACGGAAAGCACGGGAGAUGAUUAUCGAGAGGAAUUUAAAGGCAGGCCAAAGACCGUUAGGGGACAGGAUUCGUGGGCUUGGAGCGGAAGCUACACGUGCUGGUAGACCUGUGCCGAAGGGUUCAGCUGAAAGGAAGCAAGCCAUGGCAGCCCACGAGAAAGCUAAGGCGUAUGGUCAAACUGGGUCAAUUCAAGCCGGACCGAAAAUAAGAAAAGUUCCUCCAAAGCACAUUCUUGGGGAUGACUUCAACGAAUUGAAUUGGAUAUUAAAUUCGAAUAAGGCAAAUUCCUCUCCUUGGGGCAUGUUGCCAAGAAAGACGGACCAAGAACCAGUCGAAGAAGGAAGACCACCCGAAAAUGGAUUCGAGGUUGGCCGGGCACGGAGAGAGGAACAGGCAAGGUUAGGAGCCUAUACACCUUUGGGCAGGAGGUCAAUACUCGAGAAUAAUGCAGGAACGGCUAUCUAUGGUGAAAGGCGAGCCGCUGGUUCACGAGUGGAGGACAACGAAUUUGGUAUGCGCGGGAGUUGGACACCUAGGGAGCGGAAUACAUUUGGAGACCGGAACCCUGCAUUUAAUCGUCCUUCGAGCCCUGCUGAGAAGCCUGGGUUUGCUCCGGUGUCGAAGCCUGCUGAGGAUGAUAGGACGCCCGUGAGAUUUUCACCCUUGGCACCUGCCCCUGCAGAGCAGCCUGAUGAGGCUGCGGCAGGUCCUGCCAAAACUCCUAUUUUCACGCCCGAGGAGGAAUAUAGGCCAGCUCGGGAAAGAAAGGAAAAGAAAGCACAUACAAGAUAUUCCGAUCAUCAAAGCUACGAGCCGGCACCGAGGGGUAAAGCUAAAGACAAAGCUCGGAGAAGAGAAAGAUUCGUCCAGAACGAAGAGGACGAAGCAGCUCUGGAAGAGGCUGAAGCACGUGCUGAGGCCAAGAGACAGCGAAAGAGGGAGAAGGCGGCAAAGAAAAAGUCUGCACCCACUCCGAUGCUGUUACCCGAAUAUAUCAGUGUUUCGAAUUUGGCUGUUGCGCUGAAAGUUAGACUCGAGGAUUUUAUCUGCAAGAUGGAAGAGCUCGGAUUUGAGGAAACCGGUCACGAUCACAUUUUGAAUGCGGAGAACGCUGGGCUCAUCGCUAUGGAAUACAAUUUUGAGCCGAUAAUCGAUCGGUCUGAGUCUGAGGAUCUCAGGGCGAGAGAUCCACCCGCAGAUCCAUCCAUUUUACCUCAGAGACCUCCUGUUGUCACAAUCAUGGGACACGUUGAUCACGGAAAGACUACACUUCUCGAUUGGCUACGGAAAUCCUCGGUCGCUGCAUCUGAACAUGGUGGCAUUACUCAACACAUUGGAGCUUUCUCUGUUCCCAUGCCAUCUGGCAAAAUUAUCACUUUCCUCGACACUCCCGGGCACGCAGCUUUCUUGAGUAUGCGUCAACGAGGUGCCAAUGUGACAGAUAUCGUCAUUUUAGUUGUUGCGGCAGAUGACAGUGUCAAGCCUCAAACAAUUGAGGCGAUCAACCACGCCAAAGCUGCCAAGGUCCCGAUCAUUGUUGCUAUCAACAAAGUUGACAAGGAAGAGGCCAAUGUUGAUCGUGUCAAGCAAGAUCUUGCUCGACAUGGAGUUGAUGUCGAAGACUUUGGCGGUGAUGUUCAAGCUAUAUGUGUCAGUGGUAAGACUGGUCAAGGCAUGGAAGAAUUGGAAGAAGCUGCCGUGACUCUAUCCGAGAUUCUCGAUAUGCGUGCGGAAACAGAUGGUCAGGCCGAAGGCUGGGUUCUCGAAGCAAGCAUCAAGUCGAUGGGCAAAGUGGCAACCGUACUCGUUAGGCGAGGCACCAUGCGUCCUGGAGAUUUCGUCGUUGCGGGUAAAACCUGGGCCAGGAUCCGUUGUCUGCGAAACGAAGCAGGUGUCGAGAUCCACGAAGCUGGGCCAGGAACACCUGUUGAGAUCGACGGUUGGCGAGAGCAGCCGCUUGCAGGUGACGAAGUCCUUGAAGCACCGGACGAAAGCAAAGCAAAGAGUGUCGUCCAGUAUCGACUUGAAAAGGAAGAGCGAGACAAGAUGGCCGAAGACAUGGAGGCCAUUAACGAGAACCGCAAAGCCGAGCAAGAGAAGCGAGAACGUGAAAAGUCCGAAGCUCUUGCUGCCGCCGAAGCCAAGAAGUUAGAAGAAGAAGGACUCGAAGUUGCUCCAGAUCUUAAAUAUACCAAAGGUAUCAAAUCCAGCGGUCCAAAAGAAGUCUUCUUCAUCAUCAAAGGGGACGUCAGUGGUUCUGUGGAAGCAGUCAUCGACUCCAUCUCCGCACUGGGCAGCAAAGAAGUUCAACCGCACAUCCUCCGUGCCGGUGUUGGCCAACUCUCCGAAUUCGAUAUCGAACACGCAGCUGCUGCACAGGGGCAUCUGGUCAAUUUCAACACUGCAGUCGAACCCAAUAUCUCGCGUCUUGCUGAAGAAGCCAAGGUCAAGAUCAUUGAUCACAAUAUCAUCUACCGAUUAGUCGAUGAUGUCAAGGCGGAAUUAAGCAAGCAUCUCCCACCCCUGAUCACGCAACGCGUGUUAGGUGAAGCAGAAAUUUCUCAGAUCUUCUCGAUUAAUGUCAAGGGACGACAGCAUAAGAAUAUCGCAGGUUGUAAAGUGAGGAAUGGGAGCAUUGCGAAGACAUCUAGGGUCAGGGUGUUGAGGGGUGGAGAGAAGGUGUUUGAUGGCUCCCUGGCUUCGCUGAAGAACGUCAAGAAAGAUGUACAGGAGAUGAAGAAGGGAAGUGAGUGCGGGAUGGGCUUCGAAGACUGGUUUGAUUUCCAUGUUGGUGAUCAAAUUCAAUCUUAUGAAGAGAAGUCGGAGAAGAGAUACUUGUAA